AUGGCUCUGGAGGACGAUAGCCACGGCGAGAAGCUGCCCUUGCUGUUCGAGAAGCAUGUGAGUCAGCCUGUGGCCACAGCAAAGGCCGCAUACUGCGAUCUCUACGAUUUGAUUGCUGUCAUCAACCUUACAACCGACGAUGUGGCCGUCUACCGGGCCGCCAAUGGCCAGCUGGCAUUUACAGCCAAAUACCCAGAUCAAUAUGAAGAAUCAAAGCCACAGUCAGUGUCAUGGAAGGCGGAUGGUAGCUUGCUGGGUGUAAGCUGGGACGAUGGAACGUGCUGUCUCUAUUCUGGAGAGGAUGGAAAACUGGUCUCGCGGAUUGCUCCUUCGGCUGAGUCGAAAGACGCGGACUGGAGGCUGGAUCUUGCUUCGGCUCUUGCGCCCGUCGCAGAUGAGUCUACGGACGGCAAACAGGCACCAAGCUGCCUCGCCUGGACCGACCAUCAACGCUCAGGAGGCUUACCGCUGCCGCCUUUAAGGAGAGAAGAAAAGUUCGGCGACGAACUGUCUACGGAGACCUGGUUCAAUUCCAUCGAUUCCCAGUCGGGGACGGAGCUUGGGAAGAUGGCCUCUGGAUCAUCAGAGGGCCUUCAGGCUCUAGUGGACUCAGUCACGACACUGGAUGUCACUACGGUCCUCCCAGGCCUCAGCGCGCUUCCUGCCCACGGCAUGCGCAGUACGCCAGACGCCGCGAAGUUCAACACUCAGUCGGGCGUAGACAACGCUUUCAAGACCACUGCAUCAGUAUCUGAUGCCGUCGACGUCCUUUUGGUAUGCGGCUCCUCACAGCAUGCAGAUAUCUAUCUGGACGACACUGUGAAGGUUGGAAGCAUUUCACUUGAUACCUCAGGUACCUUUCACGCAUCCCAUCCCCAUUGCAGCACCCAGGCCGUUCUUUCUCGACCCGACGACGGUGCCGUAUGCAACUUGCACUUCAUCGACCUGCCGUUGGAUACACUGGGCGGCUCCUUACUCCACGUCAUCGCCACCAACACCAAACGAAUGCAAAGCCUUGUAGCCUAUGUCACACAGACGGUGCGGUGCAUUCAGCACGAUUUCACUACGGGCCAGCAGCUGCCAACAAGACUUCUCAACGGCUUCACCGAAGAGCUCCGUGAAAAAGACGAAAGCGACCCUUUCACCAGUCUUUACGAGCUGCUCAUGACCGCGAGAUUCACACCAACGGUUGAAGAAUGGCUCACCGACAUCAUCAAAGACACUCAGAGGAAGCGCUGGGAGGAAUCGAUUGUCAAUCUGUAUGACCACAUCCAAAACCACAUCUUCAUGCAUCUGCUCCCGGCAUUGAACCGGAUGUCGAUCGCAGCCAGCACACUUCGUGGCUUCGCCGAGCUCCAUGAAGGGACGACCACGUUUGACAUGCCGGCAACGUUGCUCGUAGAGCUGGAAGACAACGUAGAUGCUCUGCGGCUGGCAGCAGAAAGGGCACAGCUCAUCGUCAUUGCUGAACAGAGGCAGUUCAGAGCUUUCAUCAAGUGGCUACGAGUGAUGAUCGAUGUCGCAAGCGCCGGGCCUGGUUCGAAGAGCGCAAUUGAGACCGAGCAGCGGGAGACGCCUAACGUGGAUGUGAACCUCACUGGGGCUUAUAUCAAGCUAACCAUGCGGAAGAGCAAACUGUUUCCGUAUAUUGAGCAGCUACCAGAGAUGAAGGGAGGUCUGGAUAGCGAGCGGUUCUUCGACCAUCCGGUGGUCAGGUCAUUGAACCGGGAGAAUACAGUGGCCUCGCUGCAGCAAAAGAAUUCGACGAGCAAGGCCACCCCGGACUUUGACGAGGGUACUCUGUCGAACGCUACGGCCGCACUUAACCUUCCAGCUCUGACUGCGCGACUCGUGGCUCAGGUGCGGUUGUGCCUGGACAAAAUCACAGCGUGGCAGCAGAGGUUGCUCUCGCGGCAGGCGUCAUCAGGAAGCCCUCCCGUCGAAAUGACCCUCAACCCAACAGCGACAUUGCUGGAUAUGAAGAUGUACCCUUCGUCAGCGGUCCGCCAAGACGAUGGAAGCAUCGCGCAGAUGUUGUUCAGCGCUCCAGGAGGGAGCGAUGACUCGAAGAUCGAUUUCUUUAGAGUGGAUAGUUCUUCCGGAGCGAUGGAAGAAUAUCGUAGCGAAAUAUCGUUCAACGCAGCCACAGUACUGCACGCUCAGAUGGUCAGCGUAAGCACAUGCUUCGUCCUAGUACAAGUACUUGAGACGAGCCCAGCAGACGCAAGCUGCGAACUGCUUUGCUGCCGUCUUGAGAACGAAGGCCCCAAGCAGCAUGGCUCGUGGAGCAAGCAUCUUAAGCACAGCUUCUCCACACCACCCCAGGCUGCCUUUACGCCCAAGCACUUCGUCGUCGGCGGCCGCCCAGGCAAACAGGUCGUGGUUGUCUUCGGAGGCGACGGUAGGUCCUGGCGGGUCCUGGAUCUUACCGACUACGAUGCUGCGACACCGAUUCGGCGGGGAAAAGAACGCAGCGGUGAUCAGAUGACCUUUUGA